AUGCCAGCCUCGAUUGACGACUUCUGGCUGCAGUUCAUGCAGGGCUUCAGCUUUGUGAUGCGCUGCACCGAGCGUUCGAAGCUGCUGAGAGUGUUGGUCUGCUGCGUUAUGGCCAUGGCAAUCCUCAAUAUUGUCGGGAUACUCUUCUGCGUCAUCAAGGCGGCGAUUGAGUACAUAGUUACCUGGAGGCUGAAGAUGAAGCUGGCGCGACAGCCGACGCCGAUUAACAUAGUGCGGAGUGCAACACGCUGGACGAUGCUGGGCAGCCCGCUGGAAUGGAACUACUACGAGAAACUUCCGCUGGCAAUGCUGCUGGAGAACAACGGCAGCACGGUGAUCCUGCGCAUCUGCUGCAAGUGGGAUUCGGUGCCCCACCUGAGUGGAGGUGGGCUGGCGGGCAAGUACCACUUCGUGGAGGCGUGCUUCAAGUGGGGCGCUGAGCAUUCGAUAGACGCGCAGAAGUGCUCGCUGGAGAUGCAGGUGCUGCACCGCUGCCACCAGGGCAGCGUCCCCUACGAGUGCGUGGCGGUCUCCUAUCUGUUUGCACACGGACAGGAGCACGGGCCAUUGAAUCAAAUCACUGAAAGCCUUCGCUGCGUCGCGCAUCCCAACUCGCACAUGGAGUUGCCGCCCUUUGAUCUGGCCUCCCUGAUGUCUCCCUUCGGCAGCAGCUUCUACAGCUACGAGGGCACCUACGACAACGGUGGCCAGGCCAUGCCCACCUUGUGGCUGAUCUGCAGCGAAAUCUUUGCCAUCAGCGCGGUGCAGUCGUCCCAGUUCCGCGCCCUCCGCGGUAUCGAUGGCAACAAGAUCUGUUGGAACGCGCGCCCGGAGCAGCCGCUGGGGGAUCGCUGCCUCAGUUUCUACACUUUUUGA